CAGGGGGCUUAUGUGCGCUCCGGACUGCUUCCGUAAACGCCACAGAGGAAGAAGAGCGUCUCAGAAACAGUGGCUGCGCGAACAACGUUGCUUUAAUUUGAUAAACAUCGCUCAACAUGGCAACGACCAUCAGCACUCAGCGAGGACAGGUUUACAUUGGAGAACUUCCGACAGACUUCCUGAGGAUCACUCCAACUGUCCAGCAGCAGCAGGUACAGAUGGAUGCUCACGCAGCACAGCAGCUGCAGUAUGGAGGAAGCCUCAACUCCAUGGGCAGGAUCAGCAUCACAGUAGUGCAGGCGAAGUUGGCAAAGAACUACGGAAUGACCCGCAUGGACCCAUACUGCAGAAUUCGGCUCGGCUACACCGUGUAUGAAACACCUACAGCACACAAUGGAGCAAAAAACCCACGCUGGAACAAAGUGAUUCAGUGCCCGCUGCCUCCUGCAGUCGAUUCCUUCUACCUGGAAAUCUUUGAUGAGAGGGCAUUUUCGAUGGACGAUCGCAUCGCCUGGACUCACGUGACCAUCCCAGAGAGUUUGAGAGAAGGCAGCAUAGUGGACGAGUGGUACAGCCUGAGUGGGAGACAAGGAGACGAUAAGGAAGGCAUGAUAAACCUCGUCAUGUCCUACUCGUCAGUGCCAGCAGGAAUGAUUAUGCCGUCUCAGCCUGUGGUGCUGAUGCCCACCGUUUACCAGCAAGGGGUCGGCUAUGUGCCCAUCGCAGGCGUGCCAGGUGUGCCAGGCGUCUAUAACCAGGGUGUGAUGCCCAUGGGAAUGCCCGUCCCCGCCCCACACAGUGCCCCAUACAGCGAGGAGGAUCUGCGAGCGCUAAGCGACAUGUUCCCUAACCUGGAUAAGGAAGUGAUUCGCAGCGUGAUGGAGGCGCAGCAGGGAAACAAGGACGCUGCAAUUAAUUCCCUGUUACAGAUGGCUGAGGAGGUCUGAUCUGUGCUGUAAAUGCACACAAGGCACUCUGUGGGUUCACACAAAGGCCACCACCAUUAUUCACCAACCGUAGGAUUACUUUCUUCCCUGUUCAUCAAAUCAAAAUAAAGCUGUAUCACAGGAUUAUUGAAUUUUGUAUAUUAUAGCGACCUUUGCUAAUGUUUUCUCAUUGAAGAUAAUCAUGUUUUGGUUUCAUUCCA